UUCCGGUUCGCUCUCAACAAGCAAACUAGUUUGAAAUUUGCUCUGGUUUUUGUUUUUUAUUUUUACAUCGUCAUGGCUCAUUUGAAUCACGCCUACCUAGAAAACCCUCAAAAUGGAGGUCAGGAUCCACAGCGAAGAGCACUGAACUCGCUGUCACCAACAUUUUUCAUAAAGCCCAAAACCACAGGUCUUAUCAGUCUUUUCAUACAAACAGUGAUUCUCAUCAUAAGUGCAAGUAUAUCUUUAUUCUUUUUUUACCACGUUGGAGGCUAUGAGUAUACCCAUUGGAAUGAGAAUUCUACAAUUUUGGAACCAAUCAAUCAUAACAUCAACAAGAUUCCUUUGCCGAUGAGUGAAGGCGCCAAUUCACUGGUUUCAACUGUGUCGAGAAAAUUGGAUUUUCUGGAAAUUCCGUACUUGUACAAUGAUAGUGCCGAUGUGGAGACUGUUAAUCUUCUUCUGGAUUCAUCCGGUGUUCCAGACAUUUUCAUGGAAAACGCAUCGUUCGGGAUUGAACAAGUACCAAUGACAACAGUGAUAAUUGGAGACAUUGAAUUUGACUGGCUGGAAGUCAUUCGGAUAUCCACAAUCGUUUAUCUGGUCAUAAUUUGCUUUUGGUUUGGUAGUGGAGUUUUCUUCAUAUUCACAAUUCGGUGUGAAGUGCUAGAUACUGCAAUUUUCAAUACAACCAUAUUGAUUUUGGUUGUCUUGUUUCAAAUUGCACACGCGGGACUUGUCACUUCGUUAAUAUUUUUCCAGAGAGAAAUGAGUUGGAGAACGCUGUCAAUAACAAUAGGUACUAUUGUUAUUCUGUUCUGUUGCGCGUUCUUAGGAUUUGUCUGCAUAACACUCAACUGUGGAUGGGUGAAAUACAUUGACUAUAUGCACGGAAAGAAGAAGUGCUCUAUUUGCUCAUUGUUCUCCCUUUGUUGCGGUAAAAAAGAGCCAUUGGAAGCGGCAACUAGCAAUGGAACUGCACCGACAAAUACCAGGCCGUAUGAGGAUGAUGUGCCGCUGGAUCGAUUCGAUGCGUUCUAAUUGUUUUUCUUGCUGUACACUAAAACUUGGGUAGAAAAUCAUAUUGCAAAUUUUCUCCGAAUUUAAUCAAUUUUGGGCACUUAGUGUUUUUUUUCAAAUAUGAUCAAUCGAUAAUGUGUAAGCUGAAAGUCAAGUUCUCUGUCAUGAAGUAUAUAAAAAAAAGUAAAAAAUAAUCUGAUAUCUCAAGUGUACCGUAGUGCUCACUUUUUUCUCAAAAAAUCUUACAAAUUUUUCAAGCUUUGAAGCUUUCUAUCUUUUUUGUAAUAAUCUUUUACAUCAUUUUUUCAAAAAUCCUAAUUAACCCAUAUUCAUCAAUGUUUAAUUAACCAAAAGAAAAGUCACGAUUUAUUAUUAUUUUCUCUUACUUGACAUGAUUGAUUCGACAUAUGACAAUUUGCACUCAAUAAGUACAUAUUUCUCACAAUAAUACUUGGAACUGAAAGGCUUUUGUAAAUAAAUAUUUGAUACAUGAAAAA